AGGGAAAGAGAAUCCACUAAGAUGAGAGAUUAGCGCAUGAUGGCUGUUACGACUUCGGUCGUUGCAUGCCGCUUCAUUCCGCAUGUUCGCGCCGAUCACUCAUCGACUCCACCAAACUGCGUUUCUUACCACGUUGAACAGCAUGUCGCUGCUCAUUGUCUGGGGCCAUAUCUGGGACCAGUAGCGCCAUGUCUGGGACCAUGCCGCUGCUCAUUUCCAAGAACGAGACAGUGGUGGAGUCCCAGUUGGAAAACAGCCUCUACAUCUUCAGAACAGCGCUCAAGGAAUCCCAGUAGAAGAGAAGCCUCUACUAGUACAUCUUCAUCAACUGGACUGGUUCAUUCUGGUGCCGGACGAGUGACCAUCAACUUCGUUCUUUUGCCGGGCGAGUGA